AUGACCAUUGCACCCCGCACCACCCCUCAUAGCUGCGCCGUCACCCUCCAUCCAAGGGACCACCCAGUGGAAAGGGGACUCAAGGUGGUGAAAGAGCCGCAACUUCGUCAGUUCGUCCGACGGUCCGAGUCGUCCCCACUGGCUGCGCACCGAGGCGCCGCACGCCUGACGCCCUCGCCCAGAUCCCGGCUCCCUGCAGCGGCGCCCUCGCCCUCCGCCCCUCCGGCCCCGGUCCCCGGCUCCCCGAGUCCCCGACGCGCCUGGGCACCUCGCUGCCUCCCCGGCAUCCUGCUGCAGGCUGGCGUCAGCGGCGGAGCGGGCCUACGGGGCGGCGGCGCGGUCGGCGCUGGAGCGCAACCUCAUCCCGGACGCGGGACGCGGUCACCCGGCGCCUCACGCGGCUGCUGCUUGCGCGGCGGCAGCUGGAGCAGCUCCUUAGUCGACGCCCGAUUCCGCUCGGCGGCGGACCUCGCCACGGCCGCCGACGUCGAGGCCGAGAUCCGCGGGCGCUGCGCGGAGCUUGAAGCCUUAGUAUCCGACCUGUCCGUACGCAUAUACGAAGCUCAAGCUGCUGCAGCGUACUCGUCUUGCCGCGAGGCCGCUGGUUUGGCCCUUCGUGGCGUCCGGCCGUCCGCAACGGGCUUGGUGCCCUCAGAGCCUCCAUCUCCACAGGGGUUGGAGAAGAGCCUCCUCCACUUCGUCCACUCUCUCCAAGAGAUGCCCAUUGCGAUUGAGACGGACAAAGCUAAAGCCCAGCACUACGAGCUGCCAACCACAUUUUUCAAGCUCGUUCUCCGAAGGAAUCUCAAAUACAGGGAAGGCAGCCGCCGGCUCAAGCUUCAUGGAGCAACAACCAAGCUCUAGCAGAAAAGGGAAAAGAAAGGCACAAGAAAGAGAUCUAAAGAGCUAUUUUAGUCCAUUCGGAUCCAGUAGCACAAACCCAAGCACUCAUGGAAGUGAAGUUGGUAAUGCCAUAAUAGAGGAGGAAGAGGUGGUGGAAACUCAUUUGGAGGACACCAAUACCAUAGGCCAACAGCCAGGUAGCAAUGAAAAUGAUCAAGGUACAAUAACUGAGUUCAAUCCGGAUUAUAUCAUUUCUGAUCCGGGGCUUCGGAUUCCAAUUGAGCAAUUUAGUCCUAAUAUUAGAGAUGAAAUUAGGAGGGCUUUCAUGGAACGAGGUCCAACUCAACCUAGUAGUCAUGUUUUUCCUAGAGGAGAAGAUAAAAGGCACUUUCGAAAAGAAUGGUUUGAGAAAUAUAAUUGGCUAGAAUAUAGCUUGGUGAAUGGUAAUGCUUAUUUCUUUUGUUGUUAUCUUUUUAGAAGAGUUGGUGUAGAUGAUGACAAAUUUGGUUAUGAGGCCUUUACAAAAGAAGGCUUUAGGCAAUGGAAGAAUGCCUGCUUAGCACUCCCUAAACAUGUUGGUGGCCCUAAUAGUGCUCAUAAUAGAUCAAGAGCGGCAUUUGAUGAUUUUGAUAAUCAAAGGGCAAGUGUAAAGGAGAAAAUUGUAGUUCAUACCAAAGAGGCAGAAAAGAAGUAUGAAACCCGUGUAGAUACAUCUUUGGCUAUUGUAAGUUAUAUUGCCUUGCAAGGUGAACCGUUCCGUGGACAUGAUGAAUCAGAAACUUCAUUGAACAAA